AUGCUGCACGGGCUGAUCCACGUGGUUUUCCGGGACUUUGUCCUUGACAACUUCGGGGACGCAGCCUGGAAGAAGAUCCUGGCGAGGGCAGGCAUCGAAAAUGCUGCCACUAUCCUGGAGAUGAAGCAUUACGAUGACAACCUCACCUUUACCGCUGUGAAGAUCGGUGCGGAGGUCGCAGGCGCUCCGCUGGACGCGGCCCUGGAGCUCUUCGGGGGCUACUUCGUGGAUUUCGCCAUCCGGAGCGGCUUCAUGAAGCUGUUGCGGUCUUUAGGUGGCAACCUCCACGAGUUUCUGGGGAACCUCAACAUUUUGCACCACAACGUGGAGCGGGACUUGCCGGCGGCCAUCUUCCCGCUCUUCGAGGUGGGUAGCCUCACGACGUACGAGGAGGGGCACUACUCCUUCAGGGUGGACUAUGCAAGCAGCCGGCCUGGGCUCGACGCGCUUCUGAAAGGUGCGUUGACACGGGUGGCCUUGAAGCUCUUUCAGUCGGACCUGGAGGUCGACACGAAGCUCAAGGUUGGCGUCUCCGGCGGCUUCAGCACGGAGGAGAAGGUGGCGAAUGAGCUGCAUUGGCAGCUCACGGUGCGAAAGCCGGACAAGCCUCAUGCAGAAGAAAAAGUGGAGCUGCCCCAGGGCGGCUAUAGCUUCUUUGACUUCCACAGCGCGCUGACGUCCUACAUGUGUUGCCAAUGCGAGCGUGAUGAGCCGGAAAGCAUGGUCUUGGUGAACACUAAGCCCAUCAUGGACGAGAAAGAGGAUUGGGAGCAAGAGGUUGCCGCCAUUCUGAGGGAGAAGCGGAGGCAGCUUGAACCAGUGAUCGGGGGCAAGGCUUGCCCGGAUGAGCAGCACCUCUACUUCCACCUCAACGAGGUAGAGCGGGUCCAAGUGGGCGCAGUCCUUUUCAGGGCCUCUUCGGCAGACCAGGUCUCCUCGCCCUGGACGGCCUCGGAGCUGGAGGAUACUGAGUAUUUCUGGGGCGCGUACACGAAGCUGGACAACUUCUACGCGAAAUCAGAGGAUUGGCUCCUGCCGAGCAAGACGCCGCAGGGCAUCAAGUACGAGAAGAGAGAUAAGGUCCGCUUCCUCUCGCAGUCCUGGGGCAUCCCCAAGGAGUGGGAUGAGCUGAUGGGGAGCUGCAGCUAUGCCCAGGCCAAGGCUGCGGAGAUUUGCUGCGUGUCGAAGGACCUGGCGGCAAGGGAUCUGGGCUCCACCAGCAGGUGGAAGGAGGUCUUCUACUGGGUGGACAAGUGCUGCAUUCCGCAAGGCGACCAGGAGCUCACAGGUUGGUGCGUGAACUUGUUGGAGGAGUACAUCAUUUUCUGCGACGGUUUGGUGGUGCUGGUUCCAUGGACCUACUUCACCAGGCUUUGGUGUGUCUACGAGUGGGUAUGCUUCUUGCUGGUCCACAGCCCCAUGGACAUCGAGAUCUGCGCGGACCCCUUCAUGCGGGACAGCACCAUGCCGCUCUUUUUGGAUGCCAUCGGCAACUUCAAGUUGGCGAACUGCCAGUGCUUCCGCGAGGAUGACCGGCCGGUCCUCUUCAACAAGGUGGCAGAGUACUACAAGUCCGUGGAGCACUUCGAGGUCUUUCUGAAGUUCACGGCCAUCGCGCUCUUCGCGCGGUGCACGGCCCAGCGGAGGUCCGGGAAGGCCACCAGCGCCCUGGAGCCCUGGAGAUACCUCGCGGAGCGCCAAGGAUUUACGGUGCUGGCGAAAAAGCUGGAGGAGAUGAAGACUUUGCUCCCCAAGUGGCGGCAGUACGCCGUGGAGGACGCGGAAGGCGGCUCUGGCGGCGGCACCCACGACGUGCAGACCGCCGUGCUGAAGCAAGUGGAAGCCUGGUUCGAGAAGGAUAUUUGCCCGUUGAUCAACAAGCGACGCCAGGAGUCCUGCAGCGUGACGGGCAUGCAGAAGAUCGAGGCGCUGCGAAGAGCGGCGGGCAAGGUGUUACUGCAGGAAAAGGUCUCUUCCCUGUGA